AUGUCGAGACUCUCCAGUGCACUCAAGGCACUGAUCAAUUCACCCAUCGCCCGUCCAUCCACCGUACCGGCACCUUCCAAUAUAGCUUCUGUAUACGCCAACAUCCAGCAAACCGCUGAGGCCCAAAAUGUGUCGCAGCCAUCAUGGCUUGCAUUGUCAACCGCUGCCACAAUCACCAUGAAUUCACCCGAGUCCUUAAGUAUCCUAUACCAACUCGCCUCAACCACCUCCAAUGACGUUGAAACCGCCGAGCUUAUGCGCGAAGUUGGGCUAAAAUGCAUCAGCUUUAAUGGAAUACCCCGGACAAUCAACUGCCUCAAUGCUUUCAAAGCUAGUCUCCCCGAGUCUAUCGGUGCACAGCUCUCGCGAUCGCCUACUCGCGUACCGACACCAGACAACAUAACAGAGAUUAGCACCCGCGGUCGUGAACUCUGGGAUUCGAUCUACCAGCCCUUCGAGAUGAAGCUUUACAAUAAGCUUGCAGAUUCACAUCCAGACUUGCCCGUAGUAAUUUUGAAUAAUCACUAUGGCUCACUUCUUUCUGAUCCGACUCGGCAGACGGGUGCCUCAGUUGGUCGCAUUCUAACCUCCAUCGUGGCGGUGUCGUGUCUACGCGCACAGACUGGAGUUGGACCUCAGGUGCUCUCACAUAUUUUCGGACUCCGUAAGGCUCUUGAUGGUGAUGCUAUGGAAAGCAAAGGUGUAACUUGGUUGGCGAGUGAUGAGGGUAAUGUCUGGAUUUUGAAUAGUAUUGAUGCUAUUGUGGAUGCUAUUGGGCAGGGGUCUGGGCCGAACUUUGCGCCUACAAGAGCUAAGUUGUAG